AUGACGGACAACGACAAUGACAACUAUGAUGCGUUUAGAGACUGUUUGUUUUCGGCUGUCGUGGGAAAGCUCACCACGGGACCAAAGAAACCGCCGAAGAAGGCCUCCCUAGCGAGCCAGGCUGCCGGCGCUCCCGCUGAGCCAGAUCCUUCAGAGCUUGCUGAGUUCUCUGACUAUCUAGCUACAGAGAUAUUCAGUAGUCUUCCUGAGCAACUCCAGCGGCUGUCUCAUCAGUCACUCCGAGAUGAGGCUUUAUCUGAGAAGUGGUCAUUGCCCCUGACACUGACUGUGCUCGAGGAGCUCGUUGCCCACAUCUCAGGAGAUGUAAUCGACAGCCUGACCGCAUACUCACUCAUCGUGCCUCCGGAGUCCGACGUCGAAUCGUUUUUGGCGCCUGUGCUCUCAGGAUACAUUUCUGCCGUCACGACACCACCACCGAAAUGGAUAGAUACCAGAACCGAUGCUUGUGAGAUUUGCGAAAGGGAGUGGGUUCCGAUGACCUACCAUCAUUUGAUACCAAAACAGGUCCACGCAAAGGUCCUCAAGAGGAACUGGCAUGACGAGCAUCAACUCAACAGCGUGGCAUGGCUGUGCCGGGCCUGCCACAGCUUUGUCCAUCGAAUGGCUUCGAACGAAGAACUCGCUCGAGACUGGUACACCGUGGACCUGAUCUGCCAGAGGGAAGAUGUUCAGAAGUGGGCCCAGUGGGUUCGACGUGUUCGAUGGAAGAAGACUUGA